AGAGCAGUCACCAACGGCGUGGUGAUAGCUUAAUCGAUAAGGGGGAGGGGAGCACUAUAACGGAUGCGGUAAGCGCGACGGUCUCUCUAAAAAAUUAGCGGGGAAGCCUGGUGCAUAAAAGUCGUGGGCGUGAGACUACCACGUGCAGUCAAUCAUUGUAGCAAAAGACACCAGUGCACUGGAUCUAUUUGCACCGGCAUCUUCUGUGCCAUUCAUCGACGGCAGCAUAAGCCGUCAUCGGAAGAUAGACGAACCUCGCAGUAUUUACCCACAGGAAAUUGCCCACGUGUGGCGAGGCCAACAGCAAGACAUAUCAUUGGAGCCAUCCUCGUCCCACAGAACAGAUACGACAACAAGUCAUGGCAAAAGACAAGAAGAAGAAGGGAGCGGACACAAAGGCCGCUGCGAAGGCAGCAAAAGCAGCGAAGCAAGAGAAGAAGGCAGGCAAGAAAGACAAAAAGAUAGCGACCAAGAACAGAGACGUGGAUUCUGAUGCCGAGUCCGUAGAUCUGGACGAAGUUCUUGCGCAAUAUGCAAAAGAGCAGGAACAAUACCUCGCCAUCACCGAGGUACCGUGCGACCCACCAUCAGCGAGAGCCUCAAGCCUGAUAAUAGGAAACCCAGCAAACGACAACGAGCUCUUCCUAUACGGUGGCGAAUACUACAAUGGUGCUGUCGUAAACUUCUACAGCGAUUUGUAUGUAUACAAUAUCAAGAAGGAUCUCUGGAGUAAGGUCACGUCGCCAAACUCGCCUUAUCCACGCUCUGGACAUGCGUGGUGCAGGGCAGCGAAUACGAAAGAUAUAUACCUGUUUGGCGGCGAGUUCAGCUCUCCAAAACAGGGAACUUUUUACCAUUACAAUGAUUUCUGGAAGUUGGAUCCGCAAAGUCGCGAGUGGACGCGAAUUGAGGUAAAAGGCAAAGCUCAGAAUCCGCCAGCGAGAAGUGGACAUCGUAUGGUUGGGUUCAAGCAGUAUAUCAUCCUCUUCGGAGGCUUCCAGGAUACGUCCGCUACAACAAAGUAUCUAAACGACAUCUGGAUCUACGAUUGUGUCAACUUCGUCUGGCACGCGCCGAAGCUGCAGUCCGCACGCGCUGUUCCUGAUGCGAGGUCGAGCUUCACCUUGCUUCCGCACGAGCAAGGCGCGGUUCUUUAUGGAGGAUACUCUCGUGUGAAGGCAGCCGCUGGUGGGAAGCAGCAGCAAGUCAAGGGCAAGAAGCAGCAGAGUGGCGGCGGUGGAGCGACACGUAUGGUACUGAAACCCAAAGUACACGAAGAUACUUGGUUCAUACGCAUCAUUCCUCCGCCCGCCGAUCAACCCUCCACCACGCUGCCGACCGUAUCGUGGGAACGCCGUAAGCGCCCUGCGAAUACGCCGAGCCCAGCCCGUGCAGGCGCAACAAUGGCCUUCCACAAAGGUCGCGGCAUCAUGUUCGGGGGUGUGCACGAUGUAGAGGAGAGCGAGGAAGGCAUCGACUCCGAGUUCUUCAAUCAACUCUUCGUUUGGAACAUUGAGCGCAACCGCUACAUGCCUCUCAACCUGCGGCGUCCCAAAGCGAACGCCAACAAGAAGGCAACUCAACAAGCCAACGUCAGUCGCCGCGACCGCGCUAGAGCCGACGAAGAAGAACUUCUUGCCAACCUCAAGGCUCUCGAAUUGAAAGCGGGAGGUGUCGCAGCACCCACCUCCGAUGACGAAGACGACCGAAAAGAAAAAGAGCAUGAUGAAGAGGAGGAGGAUACUCGCCCAGAGAAGCCACGCCUCUACGAAUUUCCACAUCCCCGCUUCAACGCCGCGCUGACAGUGCAAGGAGACACGCUAUACAUCUACGGAGGCACCUUCGAAAAAGGCGACCGCGAGUUCACCUUCGACGAACUCUGGUCCCUGAAUCUGAACCAUCUCGACGGCGUAGUCGAGAUCUUCAAGCGUGAGCUGGAAGACUGGCAAGGCAGCGACGACGAAGCCGACUCCGAAGAAGACGACGACGAGUACUCCGACGAAGAAGACGAGGAGGACGAGGAAGAUAAAUCCGCCGCGGCCUCCACAGCUCCCACCAGCGUCAGCGAUUCGCCUGUCGCUGUUCCGACCAAGGAGCCCGAAGAAGACAUCGGCACGGCCGAGGAGAUCUCCGCCCUCACAGAUACGCUGCCUCACCCACGGCCUUUCGAGUCUCGCCGCGCAUUCUACGAGCGCACGUCUGAGGCUUGGCAGAAUGUUAUACUGGACGAGAUGUCCUAUGGGGCAGCAGGCCAAACCAAGACGCCCAAGGAGAUCAAGAAGGCGGCGUUCGAUCGUGCUGAAGAGAAGUGGUGGGAUUGCAGGGAGGAGAUUCGCGCGCUGGAGGACGAGCAGGAGGCUGCGGGUAUUGGUGAGGUGGUUAGUCUAGCGGAUAAGGAGGGAGGUGCAGGUGGAGGCGUAGGGAGAAGGCGCUAGUUGAGAUGCAGGACGAUGAAAAUCCACUAUAUUGGAGGAAAAUAUGGGCUACUCAGAAAAGCUUUGUCGUCUUUGUGGCGUCUCUUUUAACAUUGGUCGUCGCCGUCUACGCUCUGAGCCGGCCUG